GCAUUAACCAAUGUGAUCAACUCCCUAUUUGGAUAACACAUCUGUAUUCCUUACUUGAUCAGUCGGAAGUGAUCUAGUUUAGUAUUUACCCGAUUGUGUUCAGCAGUCUCAUAGACCAUCUUGGGAUGCGGAAUGUAUUUAGUAAUAAAUGUAAAACGUAGCUGGACGAGUUGAAGCUAAAUCCAUUCUUUGAAAAAUCUAGAAAAUUCACACAAUUUUGUGCUUGAAAUAAGUAAGAACAAUGGAGAUCAUUAAAGUAAUUGGAGUUGUCUGUCUAAUCGGAGUUGCCAGGUGUGCAAAUCCAUGGAUUGAAUUUGGGUCAUGGACCUUGGACUUGGUAAACGACCUCGGUAAGACAAUAUUUGGGUUCGAAUGCAGUAGAUGCAAGACAGAAAACAACAAUCCGACUACUCGUUCCGGAGCUACCACACAACCGAAUUCCGAGCCAGGGUUCAUACAAUUGAUCCUGAUAAUUGUGGGUUCCGUUGGAACAUUUGUGGUUAUAGCGGUUAUGAUAGGAGUGUGUAUUUCUAGUAAAAAGAGAAAACCAAGACAGCAUGAAUUUAGAGAAAUGUUCCCUAUGCGUUUUUACAACAGGGGUAUUACACCGCAAACACUGGGUGAUCCUUCUUCAAUGCAUUUUGAUACGGCCGACCCUUCACACAUCCCACUACCCAAUGAUUCAUACCAGUAUCUAUCGCCCAUACAACACCCACACAGUAGACAUCAUAUGGUUAACAUACCAGGCGAGUUUACGACUACGAGUGUUGCCGCCGCAGAACCGAGUUACAUAUACCCAGAAACACCGCCUUCUCCAAGAAUGAACUUAGAUUCUGAACAAUAUCUGACACCGAUAAUACGCUCAGGUAUGUCAACUCCCCUUAAAACAAUGAAUAGGAAUGACGCGCACGAUAUGAGCUUGCCUAUGUUGCCUCUCGUGUAUGAUGACAUCGGAGAACAAGGUCCUAAAUUAACACAGAGGCAAAAAGAUAACGAACUCGUAGGUUCUGGUGAGUAUUGGGACCGAACUUUCAAUCAAAUGACAAAAACGCAUAGUGGAAACAAUUACGAACCCACUAUCUCGCCUGAGUAUGAUGACAUAGGCGAAGUAACUUUUGCCUCUACAUCAGAGCCAAAAGCGAAUGAGCUUGUCGGCUCCAACUCCAAUGCGAAAACGCAUAGUGGAAACAAUUACGAACCCCCUAUCCUGUCUGAGUAUGAUGACAUAGGCAAAGUAACUUACGCCUCUACAUCAAAUCCAAAAGCGAAUGAGCUUGUCGGCUCCAACUCCAAUGCGAAAACGCAUAGUGGAAACAAUUACGAACCCCCUAUCCUGUCUGAGUAUGAUGACAUAGGCAAAGUAACUUACGCCUCUACAUCAAAUCCAAAAGCGAAUGAGCUUGUCGGCUCCAACUCCAAUGCGAAAACGCAUAGUGGAAACAGUUACGAACCCCACAUCCUGUCUGAGUAUGAUGACAUAGGCAAAGUAGUAACUUACGCCUCUACAUCAAUGCCAAAAGCGAAUGAGCUUGUCGGCUCCAACUCCAAUGCGAAAACGCAUAGUGGAAACAAUUACGAAUCCCCUAUCCUGUCUGAGUAUGAUGACAUAGGCAAAGUAACUUACGCCUCUAUUUACGAUCAAAGCCAAAAACGAAUGAGCUUGUCGGCUCUAAAUGAUAACGGUGACUGACGAACUGCUGGGGCUUGUUGUCAAAGAGCAAAUAUGAAAGACGAAGAGUAAGGUGUGUUUUUAUCAUGUGAGAGUAAUAUUUUAUAAAUUUCAUUUAUUUGUAAACUUCAUAUCAUAAAUAGAGAAUGUCGCAUGCAGUAGGCUAUCUAAUUGUUAGUUCAAUAAAUGUGAACGGAAAUAAAGCGCUUCAAUUAUUUAAAAAGACAAACUGUUCGACAAAGGAAGUUGCAACAAUUUGCAAUGGACUAUCAAAUCCUAUUAACAUUGAUUGAAGCAUUUUGUUAUUUUGUUUGAUUUGUGUGUUAAUGCGUGUGAAGUGUAUGGAAAUAUAUAAUAAAAUCGUAUGGUGAGAUUCGGAAGAUUUUCUUUGUCGGACAAGAUAUUUUAAGCAUUAAGAAUUUCCUAAGAUAAGCUAACUUGUCGGACUCUCAACUUCAACAAAUCCCAACGCUUGUCGAGUAGAACAUGUAAGUAGGACUUGAAACAGAAGUGACGGUGAUUUCAUUGUCUGCUGAUAAUUCAUCGAUAAUUUUAAGUCUUAGCAAGUCACCUAGACU